AUGGAUGCAGAAACCGCUCGUAGGCACAGCAGCUUCUCCCAGGUCACAGAUGUGGAGUUGUUUUCGUCUGAAGAGGACAGCAGUCUGUACUUCACCUACAGCGGAGAGUGCAACGAGCUGGAAGUCACCAAUUUACACUAUGAGGUGGACACGGCAGCCCAGAUUCCUUGGUAUGAGAAGCUGUCAGAGUUCAAACUGCCUUGGGAGUUAAAAGGGGACAAGCAGACGGCCAUCAACGACCUGAGCCUGCGAGUCCGCAGUGGACAGAUGCUGGCAGUCAUUGGCAGCUCAGGCUGUGGAAAGACGUCUCUGCUGGAUAUCAUAACCUGCAGGGACGAGGGUGGCACAAUGACCUCCGGUCAGGUUCUGAUAAACGGGAAGCGCAACACGCCCCAGCUAGUGAAGAAAAGCAUUGCUCACGUUCGCCAAGACGACCGGCUCCUUCCUCACCUCACUGUGAGGGAAACCCUAUGCUUUGUUGCCAAACUGAGGCUCCCCACUCACUUCACACAGGCCCAGAGGGACCAGAGGGUGGAUGAUGUGAUCGCAGAGCUGCGGCUGCGGCAAUGUGCAAACACCAGGGUGGGAAACGACUAUGUUAGAGGUGUUUCUGGAGGAGAGAGGAGAAGAGUCAGCAUAGCUGUGCAGCUUCUCUGGAACCCUGGCAUUUUAAUCCUGGAUGAACCCACCUCAGGUCUGGACAGUUUCACAGCCCACAACCUGGUCAUAACCCUGUCCCGCCUCGCCAAGGGGAACCGCCUGAUCCUGCUGUCGGUCCACCAGCCUCGAUCAGACAUCUUCCAGCUCUUUGACCUGGUGGUGCUGCUUUCAUCCGGCUCAGCUGCUUACUUUGGAGCAGCUCGAGACAUGGUUCCUUAUUUCACUGCUCUCGGUUACCCAUGCCCACGUUACUGCAAUCCCUCUGACUUCUACGUUGAUCUGAUCAGUAUAGACCGGCGCAGUCCUGAGAUUGAGGCCCAGUGUUUGGAGCGGGCCAGACUUUUAUCUGAGAAGUUCAAGCAAAUGGUUCAAGACACUGAAGAUCACAUGUGGAAACCAGCUGAAAACAGUGCAGCACAUAUAGAGAGCCUUCAGCAGCCAAGCAGAAGCAGUGAGGAAGUGAUAACUGUCGCCAAAGAAAGUAACAAGUUGCCAGGAGAACUACAGCAGUUCAGCAUCCUCAUCAGGCGUCACAUGUACAAUGACUUCAGAGACCUGGUCUCCUUGUUGGUGCGUGGCUUCGAAGCCCUGCUCAUGUCACUGCUGGUCGGUUUUUUGUAUUACGGGGCUGGCGAAGAGCGCCUGAACAUCCAAGACACGGUGGCCCUCCUCUACAUGAUCGGGGCCCUCACGCCGUUCGCUGUGGUGCUGGACGUCAUAGCUAAAUGUCACACAGAGAGGGCCAUGCUCUACCACGAACUGGAGGACGGCAUGUACUCUGUCACCUCCUACUUCUUUGCCAAGGUGCUUGGGGAGCUACCAGAGCACUGUGUGUUCACCCUGGUCUAUGGUCUGCCCAUCUACUGGUUAGCAGGGCUGAAUGAGGCUGCAGACCGGUUCCUGCUCUUCUUUGUGCUGGUGUGGCUGAUGGUUUACGGUAGCCGAGCCAUGGCUUUGUUUGUUGCCGCCGCUCUGCCCACCCUGCAGACCUCUGCCUUCAUGGGCAACGCCUUGUUCACAGUCUUCUACCUGACUGGAGGCUUCGUCAUCAGCCUGGAGAACAUGUGGCUGGUGGCCUCGUGGCUCUCUUAUGCCUCCUUCAUGCGUUGGGGCUUCGACGGCAUGCUGCAGGUGCAGUUCAGGGACAAUAAGUACCCCGUCACCAUUGGAAACCUCACCUUCAACGUGGACGGCAUUCAUGUGGUGGAGGCCAUGAAACUGAACCAGUACCCUCUGUUCUCCUGCUUUCUGGUGCUGGUGGCGGUUUGCUUCGGCUUUAUGGUGCUUUAUUACCUCUGCCUUAAAUUCAUCAAGCAGAAAUCCAGUCAGGACUGGUGAAAACUGAAUCCCAGAUGGUCGACUGGUUCGACACAGAAAAUCUAGAUAAUACAGCUUUUGUUAAAUGUUUUAGUUGUUGAAGUUGAGGAAAUAAAAACAAAUGAUCUGACUGAGUACAUGAUCUGUUAUAAUUGCAUUAGGUUUGGUUAAUCAGGCUGUAGUUGAGCCACAUCUGUUUGUAUUUCUAGCAGUUGUUCCUGUACCUCUGUUUGCUGCUGGAUGGCAGCAGAGUACUGCAACAGCAUCAAGUGAUUAUUUUAGUUUCCUUUUAGUGUGCUACGUCAGCAGAUUUCCAUCUAUGGCUUCAGUUUCUUCAGUUUUGAGCCGCUUUUCCCUCCCAACAAUUUUUUUGUUUGUUUUUGGUUGUUUAUGGGAGGGUUCUAAGCCUACUGUCACAAACUGUUUCACAUUGUAGAGCAAUAAAACUUGAAAUGUCUA